UACUUUAGAGCUUAGAACUUCACAGCACAGCGAAGUGGAGAGGAGAGAAGGCACACGGGACAGAGGUCGGACGCGUAGGAAAGCCGACGAGGUUGCUCGGAAGUUGGAAGGUUGUUCGUUCGUUCGGGAGGGGAAUGAAGAAAGGGAAAGGAGUAGCAAUAAUAUCGAAUCCUCCUGCAAGUGGAGAAGACGCAGAUGAGAAGGGCGAAUUCUCCCUGCCCCCCGGCAGAUUUUCUUCCCGAAAUGCUUCUUCCAAAUACGAUUUUGUUAAGGUAAAGGUAUGGCUUGGCGAUAAUGCGGAUCACUACUACGUUCUCUCUAGAUUUCUCCUUAGUAGAAUGUUGACUGUCACUAAGAUCCCUAAUCAUGUUGCUAUUAAAAUUGCUCUCGAACUGAAAAAACUGCUUAUAGACAACAGCCUUCUAGAUGUAUCCCAAUCUGAUUUGGAGGCUAAUCUCUUUAAGCUUAUGGAGCGACGGGGAUAUGGGGAAGAAUACAUAAAUCGUUAUAAAAUGAUGACCAGAUUUCACCAUCAAAGAGUACCAUUGGUGAUUCUUGUCUGCGGAACUGCUUGUGUUGGGAAAUCAACCAUUGCUACCCAGCUUGCACAAAGGCUAAACUUGCCAAAUGUUUUACAGACCGACAUGGUAUAUGAAUUGCUACGGACAUCAACAGAUGCUCCAUUGGCAUCUACCCCUGUAUGGGCACGAGAUUUUGGUUCUUCUGAGGAAUUCAUCACCGAGUUUUGUAGAGAAUGCAGAAUUGUUCGUAAAGGUUUGGCUGGUGAUUUAAAGAAGGCAAUGAAAGAUGGAAAACCCAUUAUAAUUGAGGGAAUCCAUUUGGAUCCAAGUAUUUAUUUAAUGGAUGAUGAGAAUAGAGAACCAACUAAUUUACCUGCAAAAAAAGAAGAGCCAAAACCUCUCCCUGUUACCAAUGUGGAUGAUGAUGCAAAACAAAAGGAAUGCGAUACAACAAAUAAUACUUGUGGAGUCCCCAAUGAGACUAGCAGCUGUAUUGCUGGAAAUGUGAGGCCAAAAGUGGUAACAUCUGCCAACCAGGUUGAAGAAGUUUCAGGUUGUUUGAAAUCUCUUGAUUUGUCAGGAAGCUCUUCUGAGAGGCAAGGUGAAGCUCUUAAAGGUCCAGGAGUAAUUUCCAGUCACCUUGUGAAGAAAGAAAAAACAACUCCUGAACCAGUAAUUAUACCCAUAGUUCUGAAGAUGGCUGAGUUUGAUCACAAGGCGUUACUGGAGGAGUGGAUAUCCACUCGUACAUUUGGUGAUAAAUGUCUAGCCCAGGUUCAAGAUAAGCUCAUAAGCAACUUAAAGAUGAUUCAAGAUUAUUUAUGCUCAUUUGAGUCACAGGGUUUGACAGUGGUCAAUAUUUCAGCAACAACAUUCCCACAAACACUGGAUUGGCUGCAUGGGUAUCUUCUUCAGUGUAUCGAGCGAGGUAUUUCUUCUACAUCCACUGGGCCAGUGACUCAAACAAAUGCAAAUUAGAUGGACCGCAUAUAUUAACUUAAGCAGGGAGGGAUUAUAUGGACGCAAGUUGCUGGAUGUUGAAGGGGUAAAUGUCAGAAGGUGGACCAGCAAAUGAUCUUUGUGCCACAACCCUGUUGACAGCCUCUGUAGGAUGAAGGCUGUCCCAGAAGAUGUAAGAAUUCCUAUUAUUACAAGGUGCUGUUCCUGCAAUACAAUUCCACUGCAAGUUUCCAGCUCCACAACAUCCUUGCCAAGUGACUGAGAAACCUGUUAUCUGCAAACAGUCAGCUCUCCUUUUGGACAGAACAAACUUAUAAAAAUAGGUAGAUGUGAGAUAUUUGUUUGGUUUCAAGUUAUGAAUAGUCCUAAUUUGUGAAAUUAAUCUAUAAAUGUAUUAUAGAAGGAACAAUUAAUGCCCCAUUUGCAGAUCUAUUAACUUAGGUUCCUAAUUUGUGAAAUUAA